AAAGGAAAGAAAAGAAUAAUAAUAUAAAAAUAAAUCCCGCGAAAUUUCUCCAUCUCUCUCAGUCGCUCUCUCUCUCUCUCUCUGAAAUGCCGACGAUUCCGUUGGGUAUUUCUCCUCCUUCUUACAGUGCUCUAACUAAUCAUCUGAAACCCUACUCAUCUCUCCAUUUCAGCGACUUCACUUUUCCAUCGAGGAUUAGGGUUUCUCGUUCCCCUCCUACUUCUACUCCUCUCGCCGAUCCCUCUGCAUCCAAAUCAGGAGCUUGCAGAGCCAGUCAGGCAGUUGAAUUCUUUCCAUCUGUUCGCCCUGAGGUUGUCGUCCGAGAGGCACGGUUAGAGGAUUGCUGGGAAGUGGCUGAGACUCACUGUAGCUCAUUCUUCCCAAACUAUUCUUUUCCUCUAGAUUUGGCACUGAGGAUUAACCGGUUGGUGGGAUUGUUGUCAGGAUUCUCUGUACCAAAUGGUUGCAUGAGGACAUGUCUUGUUGCUGUUAUCAGCAACUCUUUCAAUGAUAACUUUUUCUUUGGAAGUGAAGACUUCAAAAUUGGAGGUUUUGAAGGGAAAUUCAGCUUCAACAAGGGGUCUGUUGCUGGAAUAUUGACGAUAGAUACAGUGGCUGAUUUCCUUCCAAGAAAAGGUCCACUUCGACAAAGAAGGACAGGAAUAGCAUACAUAUCAAACGUUGCAGUUCGGCAGAGGGACAGGCGCAAAGGGAUUGCCAAAAGACUUGUUGCCAAGGCAGAGGCCGUGGCAAGGAACUGGGGUUGCCGGGCCAUUGCGUUGCACUGCGAUGCGAGCAACCCAGCAGCUAUGCAACUGUACGUAGGCCAAGGCUUCAGAUGCAUCAAGGUUCCUGACCGUGCAAACUGGCCUCAGCCGAAAACCUCCGCAGGUAUGGAGUUUAACUUCAUGAUGAAGCUCCUAACCAGCACCACUGCUGCUGCCAUUUGAUUCACCCCACAUCGAAAGAAGGUUGUGGGUUUAUGUUAGCAAGCGUGCAUUCUUUCCAUGUCUGUUCCAUGUGUUUGAAUAUGUAUAGAUUGCACAAAUGGGUGUGGAUAGCAGAAGCAUAUAGUGACGUGUACAAUGGAUGGACAAUAUUUAAUGGCCUUUACACUGGGUAAAAUGGUAUAUAAGUAGAAAAAUGUAUAGUUGAUACCAUUAGAUUUUGCA